CAGCGGACACCGCAGACGCAGGGCCGUGAGUGCUAUAUUUUUUUCUGCCGCAGAACAAAAGACCAGUCGGCUCGCAGACUUUUGUUAAUAGUAACUUUGCUGUCUUUUCUUACUUUUCAAACUAUCCGCUUCACCAAAAACAUGGUCCUAGUCGUCGAAGAAAAUGUCCCCGUGGAGAGCCGUUGGACGUCCGACGCCCAGCUGCGCCAGGCGAAUCAGUUUUUUAGGCCGUACAACUGGAAGUGGUUUCAGGAGAGGAAUGACACCGUAGUCUGGUUUCGCCGCAGAAUAUGUGACGAGAACGAGGCCGACUGCGACACGCACGUGCGAGAGCUUUCAAGCUCUUACUUCGCGGAUGAAGAUGAGGGAUCUGGCGACUUCGAUGUUGAAGUCGACGGUGCUGGAGAAAUAUCGGCAUCUUUGAAAAAUACACUACGGGGCGGAGGGAGCGGAAAUAGUCACGCUUCUGGCUCGACUUACGCAGUGACGGGAGACGGGAAUCGCCUGGGAAGCACUGGUUUAUUUUCUGGUGACCGGAACGCUGCCCGGUAUCUGACUAUGGAUUUUGUGUUUACCGUGGUCUUGUUCUACAUGGCAAUAGGCCCACUGCAGCUGCACUCAGAUUCCUUGAUUUAUUUAGCAUGGUGCUCGGUUUCAGAUACUAUUGCUACCGAACAACCUCCCUAGUCCCCUUGUUUAACUCAAGUGUGUGCGUUUCCAAUUAGAUGAUCUAAACGCCGGGGAGUGAAAUUACAACAACCUACAAUCUAUUCCAUUCAUCAUUAUUUAGCGUGGUGUGUGAAAAUUCAAGUCAAGACGAGAGACCCCGUGCUGAGUCUAGCAAGUGAUGAAGAUGUCCUUAUGACUCUCUACCUCGCAAGGUUCAUUGAGAAUGCGGCUGGGUCUAUUACGACUAUUGGCGAUGAGAUUGCGAUUGCUUUAGGAAUGAAUUCGCUCGUGUGGUGGCGAAUGGGUGUUGACUUCGUCCCUCCCUUGUCGAAUGUCAGAAAGAAGGUAGCACAACGUGUGAAAAUGAGAAACACACCACCGAGCACUUCUUCGUCGAUAGAACCUGCAUCGCCACCAGGCCAGAAUGGCACUGCACCCACCGCAGCAUCGGGAGAAGCCAGAGAAGGAAGCCUUGAUGGAAGCAGCAGCGCAGCUGCAGCUGAUUCAACUGCACAUGAGUUUCAGAAUGUUCUGGAGCAUGUUUCGACAUCCUGGUCUACAACUUCGCGCCCAGUCGUUCCUACCUAUGAAGGCGUGUCCCUGGGUGGGAACAGCUCCAGCACCAUCGUCCGUUUGCGCCGAAAAGGUUGGGCAGCUUUUGCGCACAGUUUUCGAACCGUGUUUUCGUUGCAGAAGUUAAAGUCAAUCCUGAUGUUGCCGUGGCGCACACAGGAGGAGUCCUUCGCAAGCAUGUUCGCAGCGAAUGAUCACCUGCAAGCCGACGCGAUUGCACCCGGAUCAUCCUCGCAUGACGCUCUUGCUGCAGGCAGCUCGUCCUCCACUACUACUCGCCGCAGGAGAAGAAGAACUGGCGGCUCUGGGGGUGAGGAUCAGACAGUCGGAAGUUCGAAGUCCGUUAAAGGCAGUAGCAGGCGGAAGAGAGGGAGUGGCUCAGAAAGGCUUGACGACGGCCGGUCCGACAACCAAGAAUUGCUACAUUAUAAACCUCCACAUCGAGUCACAACGUCGUCCUCGACGGCUACGUUUGCUCUAGAAGAGGCAACGCAGCUGCGAGAACUCAACACUCGGGCAUUGACAGAUGCGGACAGCGAUUAUCGUCAAGGCGAAGAUGUCACUGACCCUGACCAAGGAGUUGGCGAUCUAGGAGUGGACGAUGCAAGAAAGAUUCCAAGUCAAUCGUCAUUCGCAGAAUUGGUGGACUUUUCUCAGCGCAAAGAGAGAAUGUUGCGAGUCCAACGCCUUGAGCGCUUCGGUGGUCAGAUGCGGUCCCUGCAUACGCAAUUUCUACACCUCUUCCAGCAUACACGUGAACUUGGUAUCAACCUUUACUACUCACCAAAAAUAGAGAACGCCCAACAGCAACUCGCGCUUGAGCAGCAUGAUGAUCAUCAUGAUGACCAUUCCCCACACGUCGCUGGUGGAGGCGGCCAGCACAAGAGUCCUACGCUGGGGCCACAUAGCGAUGACAUGGACGAGUUUAUUUUGCAGGUUCGCGGGUACAAGCAGUGGAAAUUUGCAGACAACACGACCUUGGUUAUGGCUCCCGGUGACAGUCUCUUUGUUCCGAAGAAUACGUGGCACUCGCUUUCUGCGCUGCCAGGGUACGAGUCUGCCCAUUUGGCCAUCGGUGUACAAGAGUCUCGCGGAAGAAGGGGAACAGUGGGCCUCGGAAAGCACGGGGCGAUGAUGGCAUCGGGGGACUUCUAUUUUUCGGUUCCUCCAACUGAAAAAAGCACACUCGAAUUCAUGCAGGAAGAACCGUGGGCAGUGGUAUGUAGUUACUACUCUCCUGAUUCUUUCCCUUCAUCUGGUGUUCAUACUAGGUUAGUGCAGCUAGUGGUCACCCAACGUGUAGCCCCGAUUAUAUUAGUAGAUAUAACCAGUUCGUUGUACUUCCUGCUCGAAAUCCUCAGACCUGAAUUAUUUGGAAAAACGUCAAACAAAAUCUUCACAGUUUUCCCUCCUUCUAGCCUAUUGCGUGCAAGCUUUCUUGAUCAUUGUUCUGGCUAUGUGUUGCAUUGAUCGCUGUGUCACCAUCGAUCCGGAUCAAGGAGGGCGUGGAAGCACCGUCCGUUCGCGGCGUCUGUUUCGAAAGCGGCUGUGCAACGGGAAAGGGAGCAAGAAUGCUGAUGCUGAAGGGGGAGGUGGCGAGGGCAGACUAGGGGACGAGGACUCAGGAGACGAAGACGAGAGUACAACCUCUUCGACGAUCAUUUCAUCAGACGGGUUUAGAAAUGCGACAUCCUCCUGGACCACUUCGAAUAGAACAACUAAUACAAUCGGAAACCGAGGAAAGAGCCGCGGUGAUCAACAAUCAGAUGUGGAACUUAUGUCAGGAGCUUCCUCUUCGUCCUCGUCGAAGAAGAGUUGCGCAUCUUCACCCGCAGAUGAUGAUGAUCAACAUGAAGAGCACAAUAUCAAGAACAACACGUCAGCGGCCCCUUGCACUCCUACCAGCAUGAGCACAGGUGAGCCCUCUUUAGUCGAGCUGAACGCACGCGUGCAGGAACUGAGUAGACGUCUCGCAUCUGGUAUUGCCGAGCAGGGGGACGACGUGGAACCAAGCCGACUGCUGCCCGCUUGUGGUGGUCUCAAAGAGCAAUACUACGAGCUGCAGCGCACGCUUCAGGUUGCGGAAGAGCAAGAGGCACGCUUCAGGUGGUUGCGUCGGAGAGCAGCGGCGAUGGCUUCUAGUGCCGAUGGUGAUGCUCCUGAUUGUGAUUCUCUCGAAUAAAACAAAAACGGAUCCUCUCGAAAAAAACGGAUCCUCUGCGGCUUCGUCUUCUGGCAAGUACUUUGAACUUGAGGAUUUAUCUAAAGCUCUAUGAAAAAAAAAAAAAAAAAUCUAAAGCUCUAUGAAAAGUUGUCAGGAGUAGCUGGUGCGCCGAUGGGUUGUGAGUGGAAACAUGUAAUAAUGUACUUACCAAGUAUGAGUCUGUGUUGUUGUAUUACCAUUAGCGUUGAUCAAAAAAUUAUGACAAUGUUAUCCAAUGUUAAUCAUGAACGAAGUUCAUGAUCUCUUCGCCCUAUUCGUGCUUCACGCCAAGAAAAGUCCUACACAAUGUCUAUCAUACAUGUCUGCGUCAAUAUUAGAGAACGCAAUGUGGUGGAGCGUCGAAGCGGCUGCUCGUCGUGACAUUGACACGCUUUCUCCCGCUCGAAAUAGAUUGUAUUUUGAAAUGAGAGUAGUUGUAGUGAACGCUCAUUGAGAAUUUGUUCGAACGCGUGAGCAUUUUGACGGUCGUUACGCGGACGAUAGGAUCUUGUUCUGUAGGUGAAUAUUUGAUACCACGAUGCUUGCGCCAGCGCCACUGUGGUCGACGAAUCAUGGAGUACAUAUUAAUGAUCCGCUAUAGGUGAUCGUGACCACGGCUUCUUUCCUGAGUGCUUCUUCAUGAUCUUG